GCUCUGGAAUGUUAUCCUACAAGCGCUCUCACGGGACAUGACCAGAAUGUCAACACUGUCCGGUUGCUAGCCUAGCUAACUGUUGUUAAAAUGAUCGUUAGCUAACUUCGGCAUAGUCGCUGUUAAAUCGCACACAGUCAUGGCUUCACGGUAGAUUUCUCCUACCAUUAAGUUAUACUCAUCCUCUACACGCGGUUUCCCCGUGCUUAUAUCUUUUGAUUUCAUGAUCCAUAAGUUGUAACCAUGACCAAAGACAUCCUUCUUGGAGAUGAAUUACCAGACUGGGUGGGGGCUAAAGAGUUUUACCAGAAAUAUGACCCCAAAGAGGUGCUUGGCAGGGGUGUGAGCAGUGUGGUACGCAGGUGUGUGCACAAACACACGGGUCAGGAGUUGGCAGUGAAAAUUAUUGAGAUCACAGCAGAGAAGAUGACAGCUCAGCAACUUGAGGAGGUGAAAACGUCCACGCUAAAAGAGAUUCAAGUCCUCAACAUGGUGAAGGGACACCCCUCAAUAAUUACCCUCAACGAUUCAUAUGAGUCCACAACCUUCAUAUUUCUGGUGUUUGACCUCAUGAGGCGAGGAGAGCUGUUUGACUACCUCACAGAAAAAGUUACUCUGAGUGAGAAGGAAACCAGGAAUAUAAUGCGAGCUCUGCUGGAGGCGGUGCAGUACCUCCACUCCCUCAACAUUGUCCAUCGGGAUCUGAAACCUGAGAACAUUCUUUUGGAUGAUCAGGGACACAUCAAACUGUCUGACUUUGGUUUCUCAGUACAGCUGCAGCCUGCAGAGAAACUCAGAGAACUUUGUGGGACACCUGGUUAUUUGGCCCCUGAAAUACUGAAAUGUUCCAUGGAUGAACUGCACCCAGGCUAUGGCCAGGAGGUCGAUCUAUGGGCAUGUGGAGUGAUCCUUUUCACCUUACUGGCGGGCUCGCCACCAUUCUGGCAUCGCAAACAGAUGCUGAUGCUGAGGAUGAUCAUGGAGGGUCGCUUUCAUUUCAGCUCCCCAGAAUGGGAUGACAGGUCUGACACCGUGAAAGAUCUGAUAUCCAGGCUGUUGGUGGUGGACCCACCUGCCCGUCUCACUGCUGAGCAAGCCUUAGCACAUCCCUUCUUCAGACAGUACCAGAAGGAGGAUGUACGGCUCUUCAGUCCCAGAAAGACAUUUAGGGUGUUGAUACUCAGCGUGCUGGCCUGUAUCAGGAUGUACAGCCAUUACCGUAAAGGUCGACCCCUAACUCGAGAGGUGUUGGCCAGAGACCCUUACUCCCUUCGCAGCGUACGCAAACUCAUUGAUGGAUGUGCCUUCCGUAUUUACAGCCACUGGGUAAAGAAAGGGGAGCAGCAGAACCGAGCUGCCCUCUUUCAGAACACAGCUAAGAUCAUGCUGUUGGGCCUGGAGGACUUUGAAACCUAAAAGCUUGAUUUCAUUCUUAACUACCUUGAUUUUAUUUAACCAUUUGCAUGUGAUGUAAUAUCAGUGUUUGUGUUGUUGAUUUGCUAUACAAUUUUAAGAUGAGGAAUUGAGGGACCGGGACAUUUGUAUGCCUUAAUAUGCACCAUGGUUCUGCAAGUUUUAGAUAAAGCAUGCACAGCUUAAUAUUCCUUAUCUGCCUUUUGAUGUUAGUUUGUAGAUGUUUGAAACAUUUCCUGUCACCUUAUCAUGUUUUCAGUAUCACUUUGCAUUAGAGGACACAUUGCACAAUCUUAUGAUAGUACUCAUCACAUAUACUGGAGGUGCAUUAUGUAUAUUUAGGACUUUAACUGUUGAUCAUCAGUUGUAAAUGAAAGAAUACAAUUCUAAGCACUGAGAUUAAUUAUUUAAUAGAUAAUUAUAUAAAGAUAUUGUGUAUAAACUGAGAUAUACAGCUAUUCCAGUCUUACAAAUAAAUAUCGGAGGCUGUGUACAAUAUUUGACAUUCAAAUACAAUAUUUGAAGUGUUCUUGGUAGAAAAUCAUUACCCAUCAUGCAUGCAGACAGUCCUCAAUAGGAAAUCUACAUACACACUGUGGAGACCAUUUGUGACUGUAACACCAUUCCAUUCUCAUUUCAUUCUGCAGUUUAAUAAGUGACACUUUUCAACUGCCUGCCUGAGAAAUGUACAGCAAUUGUACAAAUGCAGAUAUACGUUGUACUGUAUACGAACAAAAGGGUUUUAUUGGCAAUAAAACAUGUUUUAGUUUGAA